AUGAAAUUCUCAAUUGCCGUACUGUCAUCAAUCCUUGCUGUCUGCUCGGUCACAGUUGCUAAUCCAGUUGAUCCCAGUUCGACCAUGAGUGCUGAAGCCAGCACUGCGACAGUUCCUCCCAGUGCAACUGAAACUGAAACUGCAAGUGCUAAAGCUAGCACCUUGAACACUUUUAGUAGGUUUGAUUAUCCGAAAAAAUUAAAAUCAUAUAAUGAGUUUGGCAAGUAUUGCUAUUCAAUUGGCUUGGAGGGAGUAUUCAUGAUCGAAGAACACGCAACACUUUCAGUUAAAAUCGACAAAAUAGAGAAAGAUAUUCACAAUGUAGAUGCUCGGAUCAAGGCUCAAAAAAACUUGCUGUAUAAUCUGGAGCAAGAUUUUGACUUUUUAAAUAGAGCCUCGGGUCAAGGAUCAGUAGACCUCGACCUUGAAGCUAAUAUUAGAACCCAGCGUGAGUUUCUUGAUGAACUCCAAGAGAUUCUCCAAAUAAUUCUUGAUGGGUAUCGGAUUAGGCUUAAAAAAGAUUCUGAGCAAGAAUUGGAGCUUAAACAUUACUUUGAGCAUCACCAUAAGUUUGAGGUGACAGAUUCUGACGAUAAUAUAAACCUGGAAUCGUAUCACUCGUACAAGAGUUGUUUUGACUUUUUCUACAGUUACUUUUCAAGUGUAUUUUCACGGUUUGAGCAGGAUGCUCAGCAGCAAGCUUCACAACCAUAG